GGUGAUGGCGGGUGGACUAUUUCCAGAACACCAGAUUAUUUGCCUUCUUAAGUGAAGCUGCUCUAAAGAGAAAAAAGAAAUGGUAAGCUUGAGAAGCCUCGUGUUAAGAAAAAGACAAAGCACCAACUUGUAGUAUAUUUGUACCUCAUCUCCCUCCGACAGAGAGUACCACGAUUCCACUGGCACCGACGGUUGUUAAAUCUUUCUUCAUCACCGAAUUACCGAUUCUUCUCCUUCAUUUUUGUCCAUAAUUCACCAAAAUGCCACUCUUCUCUCAUCGCUCCUCCGCGGCCUCCGCUCCGCUCCCUUCCUUCUAUUCCUCUAAACCUCUCAAGCCUUCGAAGCCCAUUCCCACCUUUCCCUUUACUCGCACUCCCUUGCCCAUUCUCGUCUUUUCGCUCAUCUGCCUCUUCAUCGGUCUCGCCGGCACACUCUUCACCAUCUCCGCCAUACGCCGCCGCCAACCUUUACCUGUCUUCCGAUGCGGUAAAUCCGAGGACACUUUCCGAGCCUUUUACUCUUCCUCUGUUUCUGGAAAGCUUGGCGAUGAUAAUAACGAAGGCUUAGUUGAUCGCCCCAAGCUUCUCGGCUUCGUUGGCAUCCAAACCGGGUUCGAAUCGGAAGAUCGCCGGUCUGCACUUCGUAGCACCUGGUUUCCUUCCGACCCAGAUGGCCUUUUAAGGCUGGAGCAAGCUACGGGUCUAGGUUUCAGGUUUGUGAUAGGGAAAUCGAAAGAUGUGAAGAAAAUGUCAAUGCUUGAGAGAGAGAUUGAAAAGUACAGAGAUUUCAUGCUUAUAGAUGUUGAGGAAGAGUAUCUUAAGCUUCCUUACAAAACAUUGGCAUUCUUCAAAGCAGCUUUUAAACUUUUUGAAGCAGAUUAUUAUGUCAAAGCUGAUGAUGACAUUUAUUUGCGUCCAGAUCGGCUUGCAACUCUUCUUGCUAAGGAGCGAAGCCAUUCUCAGACUUACAUUGGGUGCAUGAAGAAGGGACCUGUGAUCACUGACCCUAAAUUGAAAUGGUAUGAGAAAUCAGGACAUCUGAUUGGAAAUGAGUAUUUCUUGCAUGCUUAUGGUCCUAUAUAUGUUCUCUCUGCAGAGGUGGUGGCUUCUUUGGCAGCUGCUAGGAACAACAGUUUGAGGAUGUUCAACAAUGAGGAUGUCACUAUUGGAUCAUGGAUGCUAGCUAUGAAUGUGCAUCAUGAAGAUAACCGAGCAAUAUGUGAUCCUCGUUGUACACCUACAUCAAUAGCAGUCUGGGAUAUUCCAAGAUGCUCAGGUUUAUGCAAUCCAGCUAGCAAACUUAAGGAGCUUCACAAGAUCGAUAUGUGCUCCAAAAGCCCAACAUUGCGUCCUGAUGACAGAUAAUACCUCUUUGGCUUGAAUUUAGCCAGGAUGUUGAUCCCGCUUGCAUAUAGGUUGGUUGCUUAAAGCCACCUCCAGAUGCGGUAAUUUUGGUUUGUUCUUGCUAAAUUUGUUAAAGCAUUUUAUUCUUUUCCCGCCUGCCCGUGAUGAAGCUAUCAGAAAUGAGAAACCCCCCAUAAUGAAGUAUAAAUUAUUGGUCCUAUCAGACAAUAAGUUAUAUUACUGUGCCAUAGAAGCAUAAAGAAUAGGUUCUGCAGGACUAAUUACCCUUUUGAAGAGAUUAGAUAUUGAAGAUAAAAUAGAAGCCUGUAUUCACUUUGAUCAUAGUGUUUCAUUCGAGGCACAAAUAUCAUUCCAUUGUGCUCAAAUUGCUAUAUGUAUAUGUAUAGGUAUAUAUUGUGACUAAUUAGUUUACCAUGCAAUUGCUCACCUAUCAAAAUUAAAGUUUUCGGCUUCCAAUUUCGCCACCAUUGUUUUCAAGUCGUAGAUUUCUAGGGAGAAGAAUGCCCCAAAAGAAACAGAUGGAUCAGUAAAUAAUGAGUUAAUGAAUGUGGUUUCAGGGGUGGGGUUGUUGCAUAUUUCCUACUGCCAUAAGAUCUCUUCAAACAAAGUGGCAUUCCAGGUUCGGCUGAUAAUUGCAGAAACUCAUAUUUGUACAUGAAAAAUGGGCAGACAUUAUAAAUAGCAGAGGAAAUCCACCUCCCCCCCUCCGUUCCCUUUUUUGCAUGGUACAUUUGAAACUGAGAGAAC